AUGCAGUUCUCCUCCAUUUUUACCAUGGCAGUUGCCGUCAUGCUGUCUGCUCCCACCCUGGCUUGCAAGUGCUUUGUGAACGGCAACCAGGAUGUCGGUAGAACCCAGUCAUGCUGCAACUCACUUAGCGGUGUUUUCCGGGGCGGCAAUGACUGCCUGGCGAGUUCGAUCUCGGAACGCCUCUCGAACUUCCGACGAUGCUGUGGUGGCCAGUCAGAUUGUGACUACCCCCACCUUGCUGAGGGCGCAGCUGGGCUGGAGGAGCAGGAGUUUGACCACAUCAAGACCAUUGUUGUUGCUGCUCCUACCCCCGCUGUCUAA